AUGCAUCUAGGAAUGAACUACUGGGCAUGCAUGAAUCUUGCUGCAAGUGAUUCUGCAGGUGGCAACUACUCCCGCCUCGUGACAGAACUGGAUCAGAUGGCCGAUCAUGGAGUCAACCAUCUGCGCAUCAUGGCGGGCUCAGAAGGUGCGCCGACACCGCAGCCUUUCCGGAUGAGCCCAGCUCUACAAGAGGCACCUGGCGAGUAUAACGAAGAUGUUUUCAAAGGUCUCGACAUUUGCCUUGCUGAGAUGUCGAAGCGCGGAAUGCGUGCUACCAUGACACUCAACAAUCAGUGGCAAUGGAGCGGCGGCUUUGCCCAGUAUGUGUCAUGGGCAACUAACAACACCAAAAUCCCGUACCCUCCAAGCUGGAACCUGACAGCACCGCCUCAGCGCGAGGUACCCGGCACAGGAUGGGGAAAUUACACUGAGCAAGGCGUGGAUGCAGCAUCAUACAACGAAUUUAUUGCCUAUGCCAAUCUGAUCUACAACAACACACAAGCAGAGCAGUGGUACAAGGACCAUAUCAAAACAGUCAUGAGCCGGCGCAACACCAUCACCGGACUACUUUACACCGAAGACCCGGCAAUCAUGACAUGGCAGCUUGCCAACGAGCCCCAGCCCUCCGACAUACUAGGAUACACAGGCCCAUACAACCUUUUCAGCGUACCGAAUCCCAACGACCUGCUAUUUCCCUGGGUGGACCGCAUAUCCCGAUAUAUCCACUCCAUAUCACCUCGUCAACUCAUCAGCGUAGGCCUCGAAUCCAAGCAAGGCGAGUACUACUUCAAGCGCGUGCACGACUUCCCGACAGUAUCCUACGCCACUACGCACUGCUGGGUGCAAAACUGGGGUGUGUACGACAUGUACGGGGCAAGCGACGCAAACCUAGCCACCUCGCAGCAGUUUGCACGUGACUUUAUGAAGAACUCGAGUCGCUGGGCGCUGGAUAUCGGCAAGCCUGUCUUCCUUGAGGAGUUUGGCAUGGCGCGCGAUAACUGGGUUAACAAGAACAAAGAGUACCCGUAUUUGAGCAGUGCGCCGACGACGCACAAGGAUGCGUAUUUUACGACGAUUAUUGGGACCGUCAUGGAUGAGUUUAGGAAUGGGGGUGCGUACGUGGGGACGUGUCCGUGGGCGUAUGGCGGUGUUUAUCGUCCGGAGACGCAGCAGGCGAAUGAGUUUGGCAUGGUGUGGGCGGGUGAUCCGCCGCAUGAAAGCCCAGGUUGGUAUGAUCUGUAUGAUGAUGAUCAUGCCAUGGAUAUUGUGAAGGCUCAGCACGAGAUGAUUGCGCAGUGGAUUGCUGAGAAUGGGAAUGGGACCAGUCACUAG